GAAAACAAUACAAAUCCGCCACCAGGAACAAACUUUUUUUGUCUUGUUUCAGUCAGGAUGGUAAAUAGGACCGUACUACUUCCGCUGGAAGUUGAUCGGUGAUUGAAAGCAGAUACUUACAUGCUGUGCCUCAAGACUGAGCCAUCGCCAUGUCCACUCUGCCCCCCGACCACCAUCCACUCUCGUCAUAUUUCGGCCAGGUGGUUAUAGGCCCCCCAGGAUCAGGAAAGACAACAUAUUGCUUGGGUAUGCGGGACUUUCUGGGGAAGCUGGGGCGAAAGGUGGCCGUGGUGAACCUGGACCCUGCCAACGAGGCGCUGCCCUACACCUGUGCCGUGGAUAUCUCGGAGCUGGUGACCCUCGAAGACGUCAUGGAGGGCCUGAAGCUUGGACCCAAUGGCGGUCUCCUCUACUGCAUGGAGUACUUGGAGGCCAACCUAGACUGGCUGGAAGACAAGCUCAGGCUCCACCGUGACUGCUAUUUCCUGUUCGAUUGUCCAGGCCAGGUGGAACUCUACACCCACCAGAGUUCGGUCAAAAACAUCUUUGCCCAGCUGGAAAAAUGGAACUUCAGGCUGACAGCUGUUCACCUGGUGGACUCACAUUACUGCGCAGACCCGGCCAAGUUUAUCUCGGUGCUCUGCACGUCCCUGUCUACCAUGCUGCACGUGGAGCUUCCCCACGUCAACGUGCUCUCCAAGAUGGACCUCAUUGAGCAGUACGGCAAGCUGGCAUUCAACCUGGACUUCUACACUGAGGUUCUGGAUCUCUCCUACCUCCUGGAGCAUUUGGCGUCUGACCCAUUCUUUAAAAAGUUCCUUCGCCUGAACGAGAAGCUUGCCGAGGUCAUCCAGGAUUAUGGAUUGGUGUCAUUCGUGCCGCUCAAUGUGCAGGAUAAAAGCAGCAUGACCCAGGUGCUGAGGACUGUUGAUAAGGCCAACGGCUACUGUUUCGGGGACAUUGAGGAAAGGAACCUGACAGCCAUGAUGUCCUCUGCCGUCGGAGCUGACUUCCACUUUGACCACACUCUGGGAGUCCAGGAAAAGUACAUAGAACCAGGCAAUAGGACAGUGGAGGAUGAGGUCAAGGGCCUGAAGGGUCCAAGUGGAGCAAGAGAGGAGCCCUGAUUCAGCUCCCGCCUGCAGGCCGGCCAGCAAACCAUGGCGAGAGUGUGGCCAAAAGCACGGGGUCUGCAGAGAUCAGGCCUGAAACGGAGAGUAAUGCUCAGUUCCUCCACCUGCAGGACUUUAUAAGUAGCUGCAGGAAUUUCAGCAGAUGGCUAAAUCCCUGUGCAAAAGAAGAGAAGGUCGAUGCAUUUUAAUAGGGGUCAGCGUCCUGAAACGGCCUGACGUCAAGCUCUUAUCACCCUUCUGAUGCAUAAGAACUUUUGUAGUUUCGUUACUGCUGAUGGGAAGCUUGAGGAAGCAGCAGCUAAGGAGAUGUUAAAGCAGCGGUAGGUGUAACGGAUGUGAUGUGUAACAGAUGUGAUGUGUAACGGAUGUGACUUGCAAGGGAAGGCAGCUAUGACAUCUGUUCCCAGAUCACCUCCUUCAUGCAGAGUUCAGGCCACUGAGGUUUGUGUCGUUUUCUUACUGAAUUAUCGCUUGUACGCAACAUCCUAGGAUUCUACUACUGUAAAAAAAAAUAAAAAAUUGUGCUUAAUAAAUUUCACUUUUCAAGGCAUUUCGGAUGUUUGUUUCUUCUAAGUUGUCGUUUUACAACAAAGAAUAAUUACUUCUUUUUUCUGUUUAUUGCGACUGAACCAUCUUAAUGUUCAAAUGAAGAGUGUAUUAGAAGCCAAUUACAUGUGCAGCGUAAUAAAAACGUAUUUCUUAUAAUGA